GCUAAGACCCUUUCCGAUAGUCGCUGCUCCCCGCUAGACGAUGACAUCAGCCAGGACACCCAGCUGCUGGUAGUAAACUCGGGCGGGAGGAGGCUCCCGCUGGCUCCACGUUAAUUAGUCCAGCACAGCACAGGGGGAGCAGUCGGUGUCUGUGCAGGGUCACUGCUGGAUGGGACCAAAUCUUACAAAGCCACUUGCUGCUCCUUGCCAGCCGGCUGUAAAAGCACCCCGAGCGUCCAGGAGAGCUGGAUGAAUCCUGAGCCACGGUUUGGUCGGCUUUUCCCUGUGGAGGAAGUUAAUGGUUUAAGUGAGGGGCGGCUGGAUCUGGUGCCCGAGUCACCAUGACUCUCCUGGGGUCUGAGCACUCCUUGCUGAUUCGGAGCAAGUUCAGAUCAGUUUUGCAGCUCCGGCUCCAGCAGAGAAGGACCCGUGAGCAGCUGGCAGACCAAGGCAUCAUGCCACCACUGAAAAGCCCAUCUGCAUUCCAUGAACAGCGAAAAAGUCUGGAGAGAGCCAAGACUGAAGAUUAUCUCAAGCACAAGAUCAGAAGCAGGCCUGAGCGGUCAGACCUGGUCAAUAUGCACAUUCUGCAAGACUCGGCUGCAGAGGGGUCCAUUCAGUCCACCCAAAUGAAGCUGAAAAGAGCCCGACUGGCAGAUGACCUCAACGAGAAGAUCGCGCUCAGGCCGGGUCCUUUGGAGCUGGUGGAGAAGAAUAUUAUUCCUGUGGACUCAGCUGUGAAAGAGGCCAUAAAAGGCACCCAGGGCGGCUUUCCCCGGCAGAGCGACGCCUUCGCCUUCGAGGAGGACAGCAGCAACGACGGGCUGUCCCCGGAGCGGCCCCGCAGCCGCGGCUCCCCGGGCCCCGCCGAGCCGCCCCCCGGCUCCAAGGCGCCCGAGCCGCCCCCCGCCGGCCCUGCCGGGGCUCCCCAGGAUCGUCCCCCCAGUGCCGAUGGGCACGCCCCGGACACUGCCCCGGGGCAGGGCAGCCAGUGCGACAGCCCCAAGCAGCCGGCGGGGCAGGAGAGCCCGACGCUGCCCCUGCCCUCUGCCGUGAAGUCCAAAUCAUCCAGUGACAGCAAGAACCGUCACAAAAAGCCCAAGGACACCAAGCCCAAAGUGAAGAAGCUCAAGUACCACCAGUACAUCCCUCCAGACCAGAAAGCAGAGAAGUCCCCUCCACCCAUGGAUUCUGCAUAUGCCAGACUGCUCCAGCAGCAGCAGCUCUUCCUGCAGCUCCAGAUCCUCAGCCAGCAGCAGCAGCAGCAGCAGCAGCACUUCAGCUACCCUGGGAUGCACCAAGGACAGCUAAAGCAAUCAAAUGAGCAAAUGGUCAAAAGCUCAAAUCCUUCAUCAACUUCUGGCAACAACACCCCUCUUUCUCCAGUGAAAACCACCUUUUCAGGCCAGACUUGUGUCUCAUCUAUCAAGCCAGGCCCUCUGCCCUCCAACCUGGAUGAUCUCAAAGUGUCAGAGCUGAGGCAGCAGCUCCGAAUCCGAGGCCUGCCCGUGUCGGGCACCAAGACGGCGCUGAUGGAGCGGCUGCGGCCCUUCCAGGAGUGCAGCAGCAGCACGGUGCCCAGCUUCAGCGAGAUCACCACCGUCACCUUCCCGGUCACUCCAACCAGCACCCUGUCCAGCUACCAGUCGCAGUCCUCCAGCAGCAUGUUGUCAAACGGCUUCUACCACUUUGGCAGCACCAGCUCCACCCCGCCCAUCUCGCCCGCCUCCUCUGACCUCUCUGUGAGCGGCUCUCUGCCCGACACCUUCAACGACGGGCCCAUGGCUUCCCCACAGUUUGCUCUCCAGCCGUCACCCGUUCACGGCAGCGCUGAGGAAAGCCUCAUGAGCAGCAUGAACGGAGGGAGCAUCCAGCUGGAACUGGAAGGAAUAGACACGGAGAAGGACAAGAUGCUGGUGGAGAAGCAGAAGGUCAUCAAUGAACUGACGUGGAAGCUGCAGCAGGAGCAGAGGCAGGUGGAAGAGCUGCGGAUGCAGCUCCAGAAGCGGAAGAGAAGCAACGGCCUCGAGGAGAAGCAGCAGCCUGCUCAGCAUUUCUUUGGUGUCCCCAUCAAGCAGGAGAACACCGUGUCCAGCUGUCCAUUUGCAUCCAAACAAAUGGCCCUGAAGGGCCAGGCCGGCAGCUCGGACAAGCUGAGUAACUGCGGAGUACCUCAGGUGCCCCACAUUGUGAACAGCCACUGCUUGGAGCCCGCGGGGCAGAGCACCAUCACCUCCUCGACAUUCCUGAGCCCGCAGUGCUCCCCGCAGCACUCUCCCCUGGGCGCUGCAAAGAGCCCCCAGCACAUCAGCCUGCCACCGUCCCCCAACAGCCACUACCUGCUCCCGGUGUCCCCCGAGGGCCGCAGCGGGUCCCCCCCGGGCAGCAGCUGCCUCCGCACGGCGCCGAUGGCUGCGCAGUCAGGCCAAAACUUUUCUAUUUCAUCCCCAAGUUUUUGUAAGUCAAGCCCAGCCCUGUCAGAGGUAAAGCAGCCUCCACCCUAUGAGGAUGCAGUGAAGCAGCAGAUGACGCGAAGUCAGCAGAUGGACGAGCUCCUGGACGUGCUGAUUGAGAGUGGAGAAAUUCCGGCCAAUGCCAAGGAAGAUCGGUCCUGCCUGCAGAAAGUGCCGCAGAUAAUGGUGUCACCGGGGAGCUCGGGUGGCCCUGUCCCCAAGGGCUCUGCCCCGUUCGAGCCGGUGUCCUCGGCCCCGCUGCCCUUCGAGCACUGCCCGGGCAGCAGUGACGCUCACCUGGAGGUGCUGCUCAACGCCCACAGCCCCCUGGGCAGGGUCAGCGAGAUGGCCCUGCUGAAGCUGGGGGGAGAGGAGCCCCACUUCGAGGGCAUGAUGGAGGGCUUCUCCGGCAAAGCCGCGGACGAACUGCUCAACUCCCAGGAGAUUUUACAGACUCCCCUGUCGCCCAUGGACACCCAGCUGUCCCCUUCCCCCGCCGAAAGCUCUGCUUUACAAAUGAGUUUCACCGAGUCUCCGUGGGAAACAAUGGAGUGGCUGGACCUCACCCCCCCCAGCUCGGCCACCGGCUUCAGCUCGCUCACCCCCGCGGGCCCCAGCAUCUUCAACAUCGAUUUCCUGGAUGUUGCUGACCUCAACCUGAACACCAGCAUGGACCUGCACCUGCAGCAGUGGUGAAGGGACGUGCUGGGGCAGGGUGCUGUGAGCCUGCAGCAGGCAGCACAGUGCUCCUGUCGUGCCACAGAACACGCAGGGCUAACGUGCCUCAUCCAGGGGAAACUGGAGUCAUUUUCCCAGCAUAUGGACUUGUAUGAAUUUCCAGUCACUGAAAACUGACAGCACAACUCUGGUACUUUGGUUUUCCUCCAUUGACACAACCCCACAGAGGACACCAGUGCCUGAAACAACACUUCCUUUGAUUGACAAGAACUUCCAUUUUCUUUCUUUAAUCUUCCCCCCCCCAGUUUUAGCAGUCACUCUUGUGAGAACUGGAGCAGCUCAUGACAAGACUGUGUGGUGAGGUGACCUCACCUGGGUGGCAACAGGAAAUCAUGGAGAGGGAAGCCCACUGUUCUCCUGUCCUGUCCUGUCCUGUCCUGUCCUGUCCUGUCCUGUCCUGUCCUCUCCUCUCCUCUCCUCUCCUCUCCUUCAGGCAGACCUGUUGGGCUCACCUUGGCCGUGCCCAUGCCAGGGUGAAGAGCAGGGGGCUGUGCCCAGCCAGGUGCCAAGCACCCUUCUGUGGACAGCUGGGCUCUUGCUUCCCCCCUGCCCAAAGCUGCACUGCCCCAUCCCCGCAGAGCUCCGCUCCAGGAGGAUGAGAGAUGGAGAUCACCGAGUUCAUGGUGGCACCUUGGCGUGUCCUGAGGGGCUGAAAGCCCGGGAGCUGUCCUGGCUGCAUUCUGAGCUGGAUCAGGCUGACCUUGGAGCAGAGAGCUCUGGACACUGGAGGCAGAUGUGAGGAUGCAGGCGCAGGAAUGGGGGAUGUGGCAUCCCAGCGGAGCAGCCGUGUCCCCGGCGCACACAAAGAGAUGAGUGAUGUGUUUUGGCCGAGGUAGGAGCAAGUGGUGUGAAAGGACCAGCCAGGCUUUGGAGGGGCUGUUCUGUGCACAGCCAGGCCAGGGUGAUCUCCAGCCCUUGAUGAUCCCGGAGCAGAGGGAGCCGGGCAGGGACACUCAGUGACCGCUCCUGGGGCAGAGCCCUCGUGUGGCCGAGGCUUCGUGCGAGUGCCUGCUCCUGCCAUCCUCCCCUCCAUCCUUCUGCCCGUCCCUCCUCCAUCCCCAGCAGUCUUCCCCUCCUCCCCGAGUUUAUCCAGCGUCACUGCUCCCUCAGCCCAGAGCAAGGCUACCGGAGAACAGCUGUGAAUCACCGAGCCUGGAGGAGCCCGUUCUCCCGCAGCCGGCAGAGAAGGAAGCUCUCCCGCAGUGAUGCUCCCGUUUGGAAUCACCAGCAUUUCUCCUAAGAGUCUCUGUGCAAUAUUCUUCCUCAGGCUCUAGCAAGAAGGAGCCUUUGCUUCACUUCUUGGCUUCCACCAAAGAACUUGCUGCAGACUUUGUGAUGGACGCGUCCGUUCAUCGCAACUCUGGUUUUGCCAAAGUAAAUAUUGUUGCUGACAAAGAUUGUUAAACUAUUUACAGACUGAGUGUAUUUAAUAUUUGUGUUACUGGAAGGACAGCACACGGAGAUGGAGCUGCUGGGAGGAGGUCCAGCCUGGCUCCCAGCAGCUUCCCCAGGGAUGCUGGAGCUGUGGGAGGCAGCUCUGCAGCCCGGGCAGUGUCCCCAGUCCCUGGCCUUGUUGCAUGCUGUAUAAAGCACGUGGCAGUAGCUUUCAAGUCACUAUUUAAAGCACCAUUUUUCUAUUGUACAAAUGUCACAGGGCACUGCUAGGAUAGACAAUCACAGGUUGCAUUUUUUUUAAAAAGAAUUUCUUUUUCUAAGUGAGAGAUUUUUUUGAAGCCAGUCCGUAGAGAAUAUUCAGAGCACUUGAAGCAGAGUAGUGUUAGCUGCUCCACUGAGGCCUUGUACAGAGUUUUCCAGGUAACUUUCUCCUCUCAGCAAUUGUAUUUCCUUAUUUAAAGGGAUGCUGUCAGCUUCAAACUUGUAAGCAAGCACAUUUCCUUACCUAUGUUACCAGCAACACCUUCAUUAUUAAAACCCUUGUC